AUGAAUGCUCCAUCACCGCCGUCACCCUCUCAGCGUCAAGAGCAUCGACAAUGGCAAGAUGUAGACCCCGUAUAUGCACGCAAUUCCCUCGUCAUCGCAGCGCGACACCUCUCGCUGCGCGGCCUCGACAAUGCAGCUCAUUGGGCCUUGGAUUUGGCAAACUCGAUGCCUCCCACGGCGUCAACAUCAGCUCAGAGCUGGUUCUAUGAUCAGGCUUCGCGUGGUGGUUCAUCAAGAGGACAGCCGACCGCAGCUGCCACACCAGCUCGUCGAACCCCUUCAUCGUCCUCUUCCUCUUCCUCCUCGUACCCAAUGCAAUCCACACCCUUCUUGGGCGUUGUACCUCCGCCAUCCUCCUCUUCCUCGCUGGUAGGCACAGCCAACUCAUCACCACAACGCCCCUCACAACAAGCGCACGCGGGAUCAACGCUGGGACUAGUAGACGCGGGUACGCCGAGCCAGUCGAAUCAGUACCACCCAGACCUCUCGACGUCGGGACGCUUUCCGGCUCCCUUUCGUCAUCCGCCGAGCCCAUUGGCCAACCUCAGCGCAAGUGCAGACGAUGAUGGGCGGCAGGACAAGACCUUCGAGCGGGGUGAGAGCUCAAGAGGAGAAGAUGAAACGCGCGAGGGGCAAGAACGGGAGGAAGACGAAAGAAUGGGCGAACCGUCCUCUUCUGCCUCUUCACCACGUUCGGCGCAUGUUCGUUUCGCAUCUGAAGGCGUUGCUGGGACGUCGUUCCCGCCAGUCGAAGAAGGUGGCGAAGAGAUGCAAGAUGGCAUGGGCGGCUACGGCGGCCUCGAUGAGGACUCCGUGGCCUACGACUUGGCACUUACGAGCUUCCGGACAGGUCAGUUGGACCGCGCUGUCAGUACGCUGAACAGGAGCAAAGAGCGCCUGCAGAGUCGUAUGAGGGGCCAUUCACGCCGUAAAGAAUCGGCGCGCUCCACCUUCUUGCGAUGCUACGCCGCGAUGCUCAUCGUAGAGCGCGAUGCCGAGAGCGAAGCGGGAAGCCAGACCAGCGCGAGGUUGGCUGCCCUCCUUAAGGACCUGAUCUAUCUCCCCGACCCCACUCCUACCAAUCAAGUGGACACAUCCCUCCUCCUCCUCCUGCGCUCCAUCCUGCUUCGCAAGCUCAAACGUCGCAUAGAAGCAUUGGACUGCGUCAUCCGAUCUCUCCUGCUCCUCCCUUACAACUGGACCGCCUGGCUUGAGCUGCACGCACUCGUCGAGCCUGGAGAGGUCGAGGAGAUCGCGCAGCUGCUUCCGAAGAGCUUCAUGACUGGAUUUUGGAGGGAGUACACUGAGAGGCAGGGACUGAGUGGGAGGGGCAGGGGGCCAACGGGCCUAGGCGCGGACAGGGUUGAAGUGUUGAUGGGCAUCUUUCCUGAGAGUGCUUAUUUGUGGACUGCGCUCGGGUCGACGAGAUAUGUACAGCAAGAGUUCACCUCGGCAAUCGAAGCCUUCGAGUAUGCACUCGAGCUCGACCCCUACCGCGCUGAAGGGCUCGCCGACUACAGCAAUGCCCUCUUCCUGCUAGAGAGGAGCGAAGAGCUCAGCGAGUUGGCUCAUCGCGUGAGCAAGUGGGGCUCUAGCCACCCUGAAGUUGGCAACCACUUCUACUACCAAUCCGAUCACGUACGCGCCAUCUCGUCCUUCAAGCGCGCGACCCUCCUCGACCCAGGCUGUGUAGCCGCCUACAUCCUACUGGGCCACGCCUUCAUCGAAGUCAAGAAUGCGGGAGCAGCAUCAGACAUGUACCGACGGGCCAUCAGUGUCAACCCGCGAGACUAUCGUCCCUGGCACGGCUUGGGCAAGGUGUACGAGCUCCUCGAAGGGUGGAGCUUUGCGGUGCAUUACUACCUCAAGGCCGCGGCUAUAGCGCCUUAUACGGGCAUCGUCUGGCAGAGCCUUGCGGCCGUGUACGGGCGUAUGGGCAGGAGAAGCGAUGCGGUUGGGGCACAUGCGCGACAUCUGAGCUGCGUCCACGAGGGAGACGCGGAGGCACAGCUGGAUUGUAUUGCUGCGAUACUGAAUUUGCUGAGUGGGGACGAAGCGGACGAGGAGGCGGCCACCCAUUGGCAUCGCAGAGCGGUCGCGCUCCUACUUGCUGCGGCUGAUGGGGACGAGGGAAAUGACUCGGUCGCCACCGGUCGUUGGGCAGAGUCCUUCGUCCGGGCAGCAAAGGCCGUAGCGGGGCUGCCGCAAGCCUUCUCCCCACCUUCGCGCGACGCCUUAUUGGUUAGUGCGGAUCCUCCGCCGACGGAUCGCCUCGAGAACACGGCGCUGGCGCAUGAGUACCUCAAGAGGGUCGUGGCAGCCCCGCCUGCUUCGAAUGAGACGAUGGACUCGGCUGGGGAUGAGGAGGAGAAGAGGAGUGGAGAGCGAUGGCGACACGAGGCGGAGGAGCUGAUCAAGUGGUUGAAUGCGGUGGUUGGAGGGGGAUGA